UCGGCGCUGGAAAGAGCCGGUUGGAGUUUGCACUUUAAGCUCCCGGAGUCGGGGGCUCGGCGCUGGUGCGGGCGCCCGGCGGCGCGGGAGGAUGGCGGGGGGGGGGCUGCGGGCCCUGCUGGGAGCCCUGCUCCUGCUGGAGGGGGCGGCCGCCCUCAGCUUCCUCCACCAUCGCUACGAGGAGCUGGUGCAGGCCCUGUUCCGCGUGCAGGGCCAGUGCCCCUAUGUCACCCGCAUCUACAGCAUCGGCCGCAGCGUCGAGGGCCGGCACCUCUACGUGCUGGAGUUCAGCGACUUCCCGGGCAUCCACGAGCCCCUGGAGCCGGAGUUCAAGUAUGUUGGGAACAUGCACGGCAACGAGGUGCUGGGCCGUGAGCUGCUGCUGCAGCUCUCAGAGUUCCUGUGUGAGGAGUACCGCCGGGGCAACGAGCGGAUCACUCGCCUCAUCCAUGACACGCGCAUCCACAUCAUGCCCUCCAUGAACCCUGAUGGGUACGAAGUGGCUGCCAAGCAGGGCCCGGACAGCAAUGGGUACCUGACGGGCAGGAACAACGCCAACGGAGUGGACUUGAACCGCAACUUCCCGGACCUCAACACGUUCAUGUACUACAGCGGGGAAAUCAGCGGGCCAAACCACCACAUCCCGCUGCCCGACAACUGGAAAAGCCAGGUGGAACCGGAGACCUUGGCUGUGAUCCAGUGGAUCAGCGGCUACAACUUUGUGCUCUCGGCCAACCUGCACGGCGGAGCGGUGGUGGCAAAUUACCCCUAUGACAAAUCCCAGGACCAGCGGUUCAGGAGCCACCGGCGCACGGUCAACACCCCCACUCCUGAUGACAAGUUGUUCCAGAAGCUGGCCAAGACCUACUCGUACGCCCAUGGCUGGAUGCACCGUGGCUGGAACUGUGGGGACUACUUUGCCGAUGGCAUCACAAAUGGGGCAUCCUGGUACUCGCUCAGCAAAGGCAUGCAAGACUUCAAUUACCUCUACACCAACUGCUUUGAAAUCACCCUGGAGUUGAGCUGCAAUAAGUUCCCCCCUGAGGAGGACCUGGAGCGGCAGUGGAUGGCCAACCGGGAGGCGCUUGUUGCCUUCAUUGAAGAGGUUCACCAGGGCAUCAAAGGGAUGGUAUCAGAUGAGAACAACAAUGGCAUUGCAGGAGCAGUGAUUUCUGUCCAGGGAAUCAGCCAUGACAUCACCUCUGGUGAUAUGGGGGAUUAUUUCCGGCUGCUGCUGCCUGGCACUUACACUGUCACAGCCUCUGCAGAGGGGUACCAGCCCCAGACGGUGACAACAACAGUGGGCCCAGCUGCACCUUCACUGGUGCAUUUCCAGCUCAAACAAGAUGUGGUGAGGAAGGCCCCGGAGUGUAAAGCCUCAGGCACACGCACGAACAACAAAGCCCUUCAGAAGAAGGUAGUGCCAAGAGCCACCCGCCAGUGGACCCAAAGAUGAGGCCAGCUCACUUGGCUGAGAGCUGGGGGAAGCCAUUUGUACGAGGCCUGGCUGAUGACUCCAGCCAGUGAACUUUCCAACAGUCCAGCGUGAAACUAGCCCAAAUGAUUAGGUUAUUAAACGAGGAAGUAUUUAAUCCCUGA